ACGCCCAGCCACGCCCAGCCACGCCCUCGCACGCCACGCCACGCCCGUGCCCCACCCCGCGCCUAGUUCCGCUUGCGCCCGGCGCUCCGCAGCAUCUAGCGUCCCUGCCAAGCCCCGGGGCCAGCUUUAGCGGUCGCCAUGACGGCAGCUGUGUUCUUCGGCUGCGCCUUCAUUGCCUUCGGGCCUGCGCUGGCCCUCUACGUCGUCACCAUCGCCACCGAGCCGUUGCGCAUCAUCUUCCUCAUCGUCGGAGCUUUCUUCUGGUUGGUAUCUCUACUGCUUUCCUCCCUUGUCUGGUUCAUGGCAAGAACCAUUACUGACAACAAAGAUGAAUCAAUACAGAAAUAUCUGCUGAUCUUUGGAGUGUUAAUCUCAGUCCUUAUCCAAGAGAUGUUUCGGUUUGCAUAUUAUAAAAUUUUAAAAAAAGCCAAUGAGGGUUUGAAGAUUGUAAACCCAGAUGAGCCACCACCUUCUAUGCGAUUGCUGGCCUAUGUGUCUGGCCUGGGCUUUGGAAUCAUGAGUGGAGUAUUUUCCUUUGUAAAUACCCUGUCUGACUCCUUGGGACCAGGCACAGUGGGGAUUCAUGGAGACUCGCCGCAGUUCUUCCUGAAUUCAGCUUUCAUGACGCUGGUUAUCAUAUUGCUGCACAUGUUCUGGGGCAUUGUAUUUUUUGAUGGCUGUGAGAAGAAAAAUUGGUACACCCUUCUGGUAGUUCUUCUAACCCACCUGCUGGUGUCGGCCCUGACCUUCAUUAGUCCUCACUAUGCAAUAAGUCUGGUGUCAGCAUAUGUGAUCAUGGUGCUCAUGGGCGUCUGGGCGUUCUCUGUGGCUGGAGGCAGCUGCCGAAGCCUGAAAAUGUGCCUGCUCUGCCAAGACAGGGACUUCCUCCUUUUCAACCCACGCUCCACGUAACCGCUGAGAACCAGCACCUCUCAAACAGUAAGGUGCGUCUUUGGAGGAAGCACAGCUGUGCCUUUUUAUAAAAUUCCCUUUUCCCGAUGGAAUUUAGUAAAAAACAAAACUAUCUAGAUACAGCUUUCACGCAGCCCUCUCCUAAUGGGAGUGAUGUGACCAGGCUACGUGUGAGAACCACUUGGUGGGGAAGCAUAAAGAAUACUGGUAUCUGGCCUUCAUCCUCCCAUUCUAAUUGGUCUGGGCAUUUGUCAAUUCUUUUAAAUUUUAAAUUUUUAUUUAUUUUUAUUUUAUUGUAUUUUUUUUUCAUUCGGUAGUUUUUAAAAGCUUUCUAGAUGAUUCUGAUGUGCAGCCAGGUUGAGAACCAUCAGUGUCCAAAUAGGAACCUCCUGAGACUGCCUCAGGUGAAUAGAAUCAGAUCAGCCGUCUCCUAACUCGCCUUGUGCUGAAUGUCAAAUCCUGGUCAGCCGUUGUCUUUUUCGGUUCUGAAGUCACAGAAUGCCGAAGGGCUAGCAUCUCUGUAAACUGUUUUCAUGUACUUCACUACUCUGUCUUACAAGAAUAUGGUAGGCUGUGCUUCUAAAUACAGUAAUAAAUUGCACUGACUUACUAUGAUAAUUUAGCCAAAGUAAACUAUUGAUUAACAAGCUGUUAAUUAGUCUGUAGUUUUUCCAUUCUAGGUUUUGCUUUCUGAGGCAUUCACUGUUUUCGAGCAUAGAUUCAGUUUCUUUAACUAAAAGCCCAUUAUUUUCUGACUUCCUGGGAAAGUAUUAUCAAACCAAGAAUUUUAGUGCCAUUCUGUAAGUCUUCCCCGAGUUUAAGGCUUUUCGUGGGCUCUGCCUCGCAGCCGAGUGCAGGUUGCUGGGCUGUGGAGGUGACUCCUGCUGUUGUUCUCUCUCGGAGCGGCACUGCAGGCCGCUGAGUGAUGGAACCUUCGACAGGCCUCACUGGAGCCAGAGGCAGUUUAUGGCAAAAACAAACCAAAAGGGUGGUGGUGACACUUUUAAUUUGCUUCUGUGAUACUAACCAGCACUUUCUCCCGAAUGGUGUACGUGUAAAAUUGCAAAUACAUCUUCAACUGCCAAAUUCAGGCUUUUACAUAAUCUAUAUAGUCUGUAUAUCUAGUAAAUGUCCCUGGGUUUUGGUAGCAGAUACAGCAUUCCUUUAUAGGAAUACCCAAGGUGUUUGUUCAGCUUCUAAACAACACUUUUGAUGUUCUUUAUGAAGGGGAAAUGCCAGUAAAUUGUGCCUUUACUCACUAGAAAUUGUUCCCAGUUGAUGGCUUUAGGAACCUGAUGGUGUGAAAUGGAAAUGUCCAAUCCACUGAAGUGAUAGGUAACCUCAGUGAGUCCCACCUGUGCUGUAGAACAUCCAGGUGAAGUCGGAGCAGCGAUAGCAGGGCUCACCCCGUGAUGAGACGGGUGGAAGAACUUGAUAACCCGUAGUGGGGAAGAGUUGCGAACUUAGUGAAAAUGGAAACGUGGCCAGUGUUUGGGGCUAGCCACUCAUCAUCAUUCCAGGGCCCAGAACCUAUGCUGGAACCUUUCCCAGUGAAAUCCCCUCCCAUAUUUAAAUUACUGGAAUUUCUCAGUCUAGCGAUUUGAGAGCGGUAGGGUUUCUAGUAAAGCCGUAAGUAGUCUCAUAAGCAAUUAAAGUCAUUCCUUUGAAGUCUACUUCAAUACUUACACUAAUGCUUCUGCAGGAGUUUGCAGUUUUCCACCUUUAUACAAGAUUUUCCUUAGACUUGAAGAGCCACAGGAAAUGUCAAGGACAUAGAGACUAACUAGUGCCAUUUACUGUGCAGACUUGAGGGGAACAAGCUAUCCACUGAACUGGGCUUUAUUCCUAUUGGAACGUGGUAUUUUUUUGAUGAAUAGAAUAAGAAAAAUACAUAGUUGGUUAUUACUAUUGAUUUACAAAUGUCUCAAAUGGAUAACCUGAUAGAAUAUUUACUGAUCUAUAAAGUAUAGAAAAAUCUGAGAAUAUUAAUAUUAGUCAUACUUGAGCUCUGAGGAUGUCCUCUUUGCAUUGAUAAUUUAGUAUUAAGUAAAGAAGCUGAGAUACUGUAAAAUCUCACUUAUAAAAACCUCUCAGGUGAGAAGAAAAUUUUCUUGAUUGUGAGACUGUUGUCUCAGUUCAAUAAGUUAUUUAAUAACCCUUGAUUACCUGUGCAUAAAGGAACUUUAUAAUCCUGAUUUCUCUUAGAAUGAGAGCAUUGCCGUAGUAGGUUAGGUACUGUUGCAAAUAGCCUUCUGGCCUUGCUUUGCCUGAUGCCAGGGAAGCCCAGAGGGAGAGUAUAGUCUUCUUCUGUUACCAUAUAUAUACAAUUUUCAAACAUUUGGUAUCUGCACUAAGAUUUCUGAAUCCUGACAGUGUUUGGAGAGGAGGAGGUGGUGGUGAUGUUGUAUGCUGUCCUCUGCACAGGACUUUCUCAGUUUGGAGGGAGACAUAGGUGUAAUAAAGUUGACCUUGUAAUGUGAAUUAUCAUUGUAGCUCUUGAAUAUGUUGCCAUGUGAAUAAUAGAGAUUGAUUUUGUUGCUCUCUAGUAAAUGUGUAUUUACUUUUAAUUCAUUCAAAUUGGUAGUAGUACCCAGAGAAGUUUUGUUACCUUGAUCCUGGCCUGUCAGGAUAGCCUCUUUCAGUGCAUCUUAUUGAAAAUGUAGCUGAAAGGAAUAAAUGAUGAUAUCUGCAGACUGUUCCCAUUGUUAAUGUCUUCAUUCUCAAACACAUUCCAGUGUUUGCUGAGAGUGUCAGGUUCCCUCAGAAGUGCCAAGUAUCCUUCUUAUCCACAGACUUGAUAGCGCUCUUGAGCACUUCCUUAGACAGCUAGUUUUUUGUUAGCUAAGUUUCUCCUGGUCCCCACCAUUCCUAAACCUCAGUAUAUGGAGUAGAUGUCACAACAAAACAAUUUCAGAGUGCUUUGCUCAGAGCACUUUGUUUAUGAUUGCAAUGUUUACAUUUCUCAUUUAAUGAAUGGCUUUUUACUUCAUUCUAUUAAAUGUUAGUCUUUGGAGAGGUGGGUACUCUCUUUAUGUACAAUAUGUACCAUUUUCUGUGUUUCACUGUUGUUGUAUGUACUUUCACUGUCAGACCUUGCGUUCACUACACAAUGCAAUAGACUCUUUCCACACUGGUAUUUUUUAGUGAAUAAUAAAAAGAUUGUUUGGCACUACUAA